CCAAAUGUAGCCCAUUACCGUUUCUUCUUCAGGUCUAUGAUCUAUGUACCUUUUGUGGCUGUUUUAGACCAAAUUCUGUCUAAUAUCUAUAUUUCGUAUGGCCUCUUGUGUCUCAAUAACCCAAAUAAUUUUUCUGAUCGUCUUGUUCACGUCUUUGUUCCUUUUCAGCUCCGCCAAACCAAUCCAAACACAGCAAUCACUGCUCUUCCAAUACCACAAUGGCCAUCUUCUAACUGGGAAUGUCUCCAUUGAUAUCAUAUGGUACGGCAAAUUCGCAUCCUACCAGCGAGAUAUCAUCACAGAUUUCAUUCUCUCUCUCUCUUCUUCAACACCCACAAAAGCCCAACCCAACGUUGCCACGUGGUGGAACAUCAUCGAGAAAUACUACAGCCUCGUUAAGCCCAAGAUUUCCAAAGUCGUACCCUCGUUGGGGAACCAGAUCAUGGAUCCGAACUACUCCAUCGGCAAACACCUGAACAUGAACCAAAUCGAACGGUUGGCUUCAAAAGGUAGCCAGAAACACGCCAUUAACGUGGUUCUAACAUCGGCUGACGUGGCAGUCCAAGGUUUCUGCUCCAAAUGUGGGACCCAUGGGUAUUUGGAGAGUGAACUCGUUAAUAAGCACAAGCACCACUACAAAUUUGCUUACAUUUGGGUUGGCAAUGCAGAGACUCAGUGCCCAAGCAAUUGUUCGUGGCCAUUUAACCUAGACAUUUACGGACCCAAGACCCCACCAUUGGUUGCACCCAACAACGACGUGGGUGUGGAUGGCAUGGUCAUGAACUUGGCUAGUCUGUUGGCUGGGACGGCUACGAACACAUUUGGAAAUGGUUACUACCAGGGUCCGAAGGAAGAGCCACGAGAGGCUGUGUCGGCUUGUCCUGGUAUGUAUGGUUUUGGGGCUUCUCCUGGCUUUCCUGGGAAACUCUUGGUGGAUGUCAAGACCGGUGCUAGCUAUAACGCAUAUGGUGUUAAUGGAAGGAAAUACUUGCUUCCCCCACUCUAUGAUCCAUCUACCAAAACAUGUUAAUUCGAUUGUAAUUUGAGGGAAUGUUAUGUGUCCAUAUGUUGAUGUACAGUAGAAUAGAAUCAACAUUUAUA